AUGGAAGGUUGGCUCGAAUCUGCGGAAGGAACGGGCAUCAGUCGUCAAAACUUGCCCAUUUGUGAUCCAUCUUUGAGUCCACCUGAGGCACACGAUGAAAGUGACUCGGAUGACCAAGUCUGCCUCUCUUUUGUAUUGCAGAGAUUCUCAGGAUCACAGUCGAUAUAUGCGCCUGGCGAAAUGACCCGUGAUUUUUGCAUGCGUGAGCGAACGUAUAUGUCAUGGUCUAAGUUUACUGCGUUGGUGACCGUGCUAUCGGUGAUAUUCUUUUUGGACUUGCGUAUUUUCAAUAUUGACAACUAUGCUCACCAGGUCAGCGCGACUCUGGCUUGUAUUCAAAAUGAAUGCCUACAAGUAAAACCCUCUUACGAGCAACAAGUACUUGGGCAGGGGUCUGAAAGCCCUGGCUUGGACAUAUCGCAGUUCCAGACUAAGGCUAUGCGAAACAGCGAAGAGCCAGAUUCUACCCCGAGCAGAACACAAGGUAUGGUACUCGGGUCUAUUUAUUUGAUCGUGGGUAUACUGUCCUGGUUGAUCUCCGUAUUUGAUUAUUUCGAACGCAUCGGUGAAUUGGAACGUGAACGAACCUUGAUGGAUGAAUGUGAGGGACAUACGCAUCCAAUUGUGACCAUACUGUCCAUGGUUAUUUGCGUCAUCGUACUCGCCACUAUCGUAUUUUUGGUCGUACAGCACGGAGCAUAA